AUGUUGGGGAACAAGUAUUACAAGGAAGACAUGAUUUAUAUAACACAAGUGACGCGAAACGUUCUAAGCUUACUCGGAAUCUGGCCGCCUUACAAUAGAAGAAGAACCAUCGGGGAAAAAGUUUGGAAGUACUUCUUGAUAACGAUAUGCAACCUUCUUCUCUACUGCGUCCUGAUUCCCGGUGCUCUGUAUUGGUUGAUUGAGAAGAGGGUAUACGUCAGAGUCCGAACGAUUCCUCUGCUUCUUUUCGGCUUCAUGAAUUGUAGUAAAUAUGGUAACAUGGUGUUCCACGAAAAGGAUAUCAUACGCUGCUUGAAGCACAUAGAAGAGGAUUAUAGGUUUGUUACCAGUGCGAAAGCGCGGGACACGAUGAUCGAGUCCGCGAAGAUCGGCAUACGACUGGUCACAAUUUGCAUGCUUUUCACGUACGGUAGCGGGCUUUCCUUUCGUUUGAUCUUACCGUUUGCCAAGGGAAAAAUCAUCACCGCACAGAAUGUCACAAUCAGACCUCUGCCUUCCCCAGCUUACUUCAUUUUCUUCGACGUACAAGUCAGCCCCACUUACGAGCUGAUCUACACAAUACAAAUAUUAUCCGGGGUGGUCACUUGGUCGAUAACAACGGGUUUAUGCGGUCUCGCGGCCGUCUUCGUGAUGCACGCCUGCGGUCAACUGACGAUCCUUAUGAAUUUAAUGAGAAAUCUUGUCGAGGAGCAAUGGCAAGAGAACCGGGAAGUGGACAGGAAGCUGGCACGAAUGGUUGAACAUCAAAUAAGAAUAAGAAGUUUUUUAAAGUUGGUAGAAAAUACUCUACAAGCGUGUCUAAUAGAAAUAUCGGGGAGCACAGCAACAGUCUGCAUUGCAGGAUAUCUUAUAAUAAAGGAAUGGGAGAAUAGCAAUCCGAUAGCUAUGUUCUCCUAUUUUUCAGUAGUUAUAACCGGGAUGAUAAACCUGUUCAUGUUUUGUUACACUGGUGAGAAACUUACCGUUCAGGCAGAGAAUGUAGCUAAAACAUCUUGCAUGCUCGAAUGGUAUCGUCUUGUGGAUAAAAAGGCGCGAGCUAUUGUGCUAGUGAUAAUCAUGUCGAACUUACCCACCAAGAUCACCUGUGGGAAACUCCUGGAUUUAUCACUGAAGACAUACGGCGAUGAAUGGGAGAAUAGCAAUCCGAUAGCUAUGUUCUCCUAUAUUUCAGUAGUUAUAUCCAUGAUGAUAAACAUGUUCAUGUUUUGUUACACUGGUGAGCAACUUACCGUUCAGGCAGAGAAAGUAGCUAAAACAUCUUGCAUGCUUGAGUGGUAUCGUCUUCUGGAUAAAAAGGCGCGGGCGAUUGUGCUAGUGAUAAUCAUGUCGAACUUACCCACCAAGAUCACUUGUGGGAAACUCUUGGAUUUAUCACUGAAGACAUACGGCGAUAUUGUAAAGACAGCUUUGACGUAUUUUAAUAUGCUUUUAAAGAUAGCAGACUAA